AUCCUGUGCGUUCGUUGAGGCGGGCGUUCCUUGCAUUACCUCUGGUGUUUACAUCCAAACACGAAGUGCUUAGGUAACUUCAACAUGUCAGCCUCCAUAGCACGGGCGACAGUAAGGGCGGUUAGCAGACGGAAAAUACUGCCAACAAGAGCCGCUUUAACGCUGACGCCUUCAGCUGUGAAUAAAGUCAAACAGCUUUUACAGAAUAAGCCAGAAUUUAUUGGCCUGAAGGUUGGUGUUCGAACCAGAGGUUGCAAUGGCCUCACGUAUACUCUUGACUAUACUAAAGAGAAAGACAAAUCAGAUGAGGAGGUGCUGCAAGAUGGCGUGAGAGUGUUCAUCGAGAAGAAGGCUCAGCUGACGCUGCUCGGCACAGAGAUGGAUUUUGUCGAAUCAAAACUUUCCAGCGAAUUUGUGUUCAACAAUCCCAACAUCAAAGGGACGUGUGGUUGUGGGGAAAGCUUCAACAUAUGAACCUCGCCACUUCUAGAGCUCGACCCUUCCAGGUCAUCCCAUCCAAAUCCUAGAUUCAAAGAUCCAUCUUGAAGAUUUGUGGGUAAAGAGCUGGAGAAAGACACUGAUGCUUAGUGGCCUGUUUGUGCAUCAUUUCCUGUGCUGCCACCAGUCACCUCAACACAAACCCAUGUUUCAGAGAACACUGUUAGAGGUUCAUUAACUUGAAUGCAAUGUUUCUGUUCAUUUCACUAUUGCUUGUACACACUUUAUUGAGCAGUUUAAUAUGUAUUUAACAUGUGCCUGUAUGUCAUGCAGCUCAGGAGAGUUAGAACUGCACUCCAUUACAUUGCUUUGAUCUCUUUUAAGAAAUUUUGUGUGCCGUUCAGUCACGCUGACGUGUUCAUAUUUGCUAAUCCAGUUAUUGUGUUGUGCUGAGGCUUAUCCUGAUGAGCCGAACCUGCUGAAUGUCCUAACAUGUCUCCUCAUCCUCACAGCUCUGGUCUAAACGUACCACACAAGACAUUUGCAGUUGCUUCCUCAUGGUUAUUUUGAUGGUGGACCAGCAGUAUACAUCUGUAACAAUCUACAUAAUAUUAAAAGAUUCAUCUGCCUUUUAAUAUAAUCUUUGCACUUUCAGCAUAUAAUGUGAUCAUGUGCAGCACAGGAACUGAUGCCGUUUAGAGUUUUAAAAUGCAAUUGUUUGACUUGAACUUGUUUUCUGAUGAAGUAUUAGUGUAAUAUGUACAUAACUAAUGUAAAUCCCUUCGACUGUCAUUUAACGCACAAAUAAACUUAAGUUUUACUUC